AUCGCAACGAACUACAACGCAAGAUGAAGAGCCUCUCCCUGAUAAUCGUUUUCACGAUUUUGGGUACUGCCUUGGCAGUUUUCCCUCCUAUCCCAGAGUAUUCGGAAGAAAUAGCGCAUACCGAAGACAACGGAGAAGCAUCUUCGACUACUGAAUCCGCAGUUAAGGUUUCCAGCGAAGAACCCAAAGAGAGUGACGAUUUUAUUACGAAAAGUGAACCUGUCGAUGUAAGCGAAACCCGACAAUCUCGCUCGCCAUUAAUUUCCGUUUACUUGAAAAAAACAAAGCCGAAUCUAAUUCUCUCAACAAGUAACUCAACUGCAAAUAAAUCGGAAGAGAUAUUAGUUGCUCCUAUCUCGGAAGAGAAACCAGAAAUACCUAGAGCUUCAGGAAUUCGGGAUGAAAUAUCUCGACCCAAUUACGCUUACAUAAUGAGACCCCAAUACUAUGGCUCCAUGCUUCCGGAAAUGGAACAAAACUUGGCAAAAGAGGAAGAAGACAAUAGAUUCUUUAAUCUUGCGGCGCUGUUGAGUCCUCCUAGAAAGCCUAACGUUCCUGGAAAUAUGAGACCAUACUCAAGACCUCAGCAGAAUUACGCCAACUACAUGAGACCACGACCCUACGGAUAUCCAUCGGGAUAUGGAAUGCAAGCAGGUUAUGUACCUCAAAGAUUUACAGGGUACGUACCUCAAAGAUUUACAGGGUACGUACCUCAAAGAUUUACCGGGUACGCUCCUCAAACUGGAUACGGAGUUAUCCAGCCGGAUGACGGAUACCGUCUUGGCAACGGGCCAGAUAUGUCGGAAGAGAAUCCCGACGAAGAAGAAGAUAACAAAUUCUUUAACUUGAGCGAAUUGUUAAGCCCUCCUCGAAAACCGUAUGUGCCUGGAAGCAUAAGACCAAAUUCAAGUCCUCGACCGAAUUAUGCGAAUUUCUUGGGGCCCAAUUUUGGACGUCCCAGCUACGGUCAAAUGCCCGACCCAUACUCUUCCGGCUACAGUGGCAACUUUAACGGCUAUACUGAUAUCUACAAUAAAAAAUAAAACAGAUGAUUAAUCUCUGUGAUUUCACAUUGAACUGACUUUUGUUUGAUUUCAAUACAAUUACUAAUACCUGAUUGACUGUUGCCUUUCCAAAAUCAAGAAAAACAACUUGAGAAAAAAAAAAAUUUUCUGAAUUAAUUACGGCAUAUCAGAGAAUUUUCCUCUAAUGUAAAAGUACUUAACAAGAUAAAAGGUAUUUCGACUUCUCGUGCGAAAUGAAAUGAAAAGAAGAAAUAAAUCUCAAACAUAUAGGGUGGUUGAAUGUAGAAGGCACGACAAGAUGUAAUGUCAUGUGAAACAAAAGCUCGAACAUUAAUGGCAUUAGAAGACGUAAAUAAGUAAAUAACACUUAACCUGAUGGUAUGUUUAUAAAAGCCUUAAGGAUACCAUUUGUUUAGAUUUACAUAAUUGAAAAUAUUUUAUGACAAUACAUUCAAAAUGUUAAUGUGUUGUUAAUGUUAAGGUUUAAAGAGGGAAAGUCUGGAAAAUAAAUCCUGUGUUGGCUUGAACAAGUUUUAAAGUCCAUUUUUAACGAAAAUUGAAGGAAACAAAGUUUUUUUUUAACCCUGUUAAAUUGCAAUUCUGUCAGAAACGAUGGCUGUAAAAUGUAAAUCCAUUGAUUGAUUGUCAGCUGAAAUAAGGGUAGAAGAACGAA